AUGACGAAAAAAGGCGAGCCGUGCAAAAACUCGAUCAAAGUUGAAGACACCAAGAUCGGCCAUCAAAAGUUGACCACUCUCGCCAGAGAGCCAUUUGACUUGUCAUCGUUGCAGUCCAAGCUCUGUGAUGUCGCCAGAGACUUCCUCUGCGCGAGAUGGCACCGGCAACGGCAGGUCGACCAAGCUGGCCAGCAGUGGUAUGAAGCCGCCGUCCGCAACCAGGCGCGAGUACCACAUGGCUCCAGAAUGGCCUCUCCAUCAGUCAUUGUACAUCGGGGCCAGCGUCAGACAUCGUCAGCCUCCAGGCGACGCCCUGCAUCAGACAACACCCGGUCAUCACCACCACCGGUGCGCCUGUCAACCAACCCCGAGCCAGUGCAGCCAUUCAAUCCAUUCGUGACUUCCACAAUGCUGCGGACGAACAGCGUUCCAUGGCGUGUUUCACCGGCCCGACCAGCCAUCCUCUCAUCGGCAACUAAUAUCCGGGCUGGUUUCCAAGAAUUGACGCUCCAGAGUCUCGCCUCGAGUGAAGAGGUCGACAGCGUCCACGUCGACAGCAUCUACUGUGUGUUCUGCCAGACCGAGGAUGAAGACCAUGCGGACGAGAGCGUGAUCUUGCACUGCGGUCAGUGCACAUCGCUCUGCCAUCUGUCGUGCGCCGAAGAAUGGCUGGAAAAGCGGGAUACAGGGUUUGGCACGUCAUGCUGUGUGUGGUAA